AUGGGAAAUUCUUCUGGAAAAAAGUUAGCGAAAAAAUGCAAACAAAAACCUGAAUCUUCUGUCAGCAAGUUCCAGGAUCAAAUGAAUAAAUAACUUUUUGGAGUAAGUUCAGCGGAAUUAUACAGCGAUUUUGCUACAUUGUUCAUUCCAAGAGUGAACAUUGCGGAGGGAGUGAACAUUGCGGAUUUCUAUUAAAUUUUUCUUUAAAAUUUAUAGUUGAAGUUCUAAAAAAUGGGCAAUUCCUCCGCGAAAACUAUCGCGGAUGAAUGGGAAGAAUAUUUUGAACCAAUUGAGUAUAAGCGUCCACGGAUUCUAAUUUAUCGUUCCGGGGCGUGGACGUGUCCACCAAAUAGUGCACCAGUAAUUCCCAGACCAAUAUCCCCUAAGGCUCUAACCAUACCAAACAGUCAAAUUGCAAUUCGAACAUGUAUCCUUUAUGAGCACCUUCACGGGAAGACGGUUACAGAGGCAUUUGAGAACUUCUGCGGCAAAGUUGGGAAUGGUGUCAUUGAUUUGAGAUCUUUCGAAUUUUGGUUUAAUCGCUUCCGAACUGGAAACCAUGAUUUGAGCUACGACAUCAACUUGGAACUUGAACCUCGGUCUUUGGCGGAAAUGCACAACGACAUUAUGAAAAACAUUGUAAGAGAGCUCAACUCUCAAUCCGCAAAUUCUCCUGGACCUUCUGCCCGCCACCAUGAUAAAGAUGACGAUUUUCCUGCCUACAAUCAGCUCAAAGAGCUUAUUCAAAAACUGAAAGAUAAACAAACCCCCGCAAAAGCUGAACCUGCCAAACAAGCCAAAAUCAACCGGAAAGUGCUGUGUGGCUAUAUUUUGUUUGAAUGCUUACAGGGAAAUUCAAUUUUUGAGGCUUAUGAGAAACUAUGUAAUACUGUUGGAAAAAAUGCAGUCAAGUACUGGGACUUUGAAUAUUGGUACCAGAAGAUCAAGGCAGGGGAUUUCAGUAUGGAAUCUGACAUUGAUUUUGACGCCGAGAUACGCUCACUUGCCGCGAUGCCCCAAGAUGUUGUUGGUGAGAUAAUGAGCAAGCUGGGACUAGAAGAAAAACUUAAAAUGCGAAAAGUUUCGCAAAACUUUCGAAACUUCAUGAAUAAACUGAGCAUUGACGUCGAAAAAAUUAGUCUAAAAAUCUACAAUGCAAAUUCAAUUUUGCAAUUUGAUGAGAAAGAAGUUAUCUAUCAGGACAAAAAGGAUGACUGUAAUUUGUUAUUCAAUGAUCAAGCGAAGCUUGUGAAAGGUGGGAACUAUGCAAUAAUGGCUUUGCAUGAUUGGGCAGUGGUCAUGCAAAACCAGACACUGAAGCUCAAAACACUUAAUUUAACUUUGGCAUUGGGAAAAUCUGAGCAUCAUCAUAACUGCUACACAACUAUCACGACUGUUUUAAAAAAGGAAAUUUGCUCGCUGGUAGAGAAUAUCACACUUGAAGGAUUCCCAUUCCAUGAAGUUUGUGAAGUUCUACGGAACUUUAAACCAGGAGUACUUUAUAAGAUUGUGCUUAACUCGCCAACAGACAGCGAAGGUAUAGAAUCGCUAAUUCAUAUGAACCAAUGGAAAACAGCCCGAGUAUUCGAAAGCAGCCGAAACUGCAUACUUGCCAUACCUAUUGAGAAUUUGUUUCACUUUUCGAGUUUUGACGUUUCCCUGAAAUUUCUUUCAAAGUCAGAUGCCUUGAGGAUCCGAGAAACACUAUUGCAGUCCAAUAAUUUUGAACACGGUUGCUUCAGAAUGUUCCAGUACGACCCAAUUGAGAUUGUAAUUGUGUUUGAAAAAAGUUACACAGGAGGCACGUCUGGAACAAUUACUUACAACAAUGGCGAGUCGGAGUUCUCUAUUCAAUUUAAUAGGAUGAGCUUUGAAAUUAACAGACGUUCUUAA